CACCGCCGGCCAGCCCUGACGCGACGCCGGGCCCAGCGACGUCAGCCGCCCGCGACGCGCCGGAAGCGGGCCUGGGCGCGUCACGUGACUCGCGAGGGUUGGGCCCAGGCCGCGCCUCCGAUUGGAGAGUACCCCUGGGAGGCGGGGCUUGGCGGCAGUUGGCUGAUGGCUAGCGGGAGGGGCCGUUAUUAGGCAAAGAGGGAAAGCGAGCUCCGGGAGCCAAUUAGGAGUUCUGAAGUGUUUGUUGACCUUUGAGAGAAGAGGACAGGGCCCAUUGAGUAUUAUCAUGGUUGAUUUGGUGGGAAACAGAUUGCCAAAGCUCAACCCCAGCACUUGGGCAAACUUUUGUAAUUACACUACGCAAUUUCUUAGAUAUCCAUCCCAUUCCACAAUAAGAAUAGAGCGAAUGUUUGCUGUCCCUGUCAACAAACAGCUAUUGAGUGGACACUCUGUGGCAGGUGCUGUGUUAUUAGUACAUUACAUGACAACUGCUUUCGCCCAAUUGUAUUGUUCUCUAUUGUAUAGGCGAUCCUUACAAUACAAAAGGUAGCUAUUAACACUUGUGUGUGUUGUGCAGGUAAAGAACCUAUGGCUAAGUUGAUGUGACUUCCCCAAGACUACCCAGGUAAUGAUGGCAGAACUAGUUUCAUUGUAUAUCUGCCAUGUACCAAACUCUGGAGUAGGCACAGGAGAAAGUGUUCCCCACUGUGGAAACCAACUAGUGAACACGUUCAAAGCGAUGUUGAGCUGAAAAUCUUUUUUCUCUCUCUUCCCAAUGUACCACUCUGGAUCUCAAGCUUUCUAAAUGCAACAUUGCAUACUAAUAACACUUAUAUUUAUCAUGCUUUACAGUGUCGAGUUAAAAUAGCAAAGUAUCUCUUUAAGCUUUAAUUAUAGUCAGAUUUGGUAAUUUAAACAACUAUAUUCACAUCCUUUUAUUCCAAAGACAUUCAUUCAGUACUUACUGUGUUACUAAUAGCUACUGAGCUAGAGUGAGCAUGCCAAUACGUAGAAAAGAUAUAAAUAAGACAGUCUGUAGUGGACAUUUGUCUUGUAUGGGAGUUGCCCAACAUCUGAACUCCCAACCCAUGUUUGGGAAAUUUACCAUCAUGGUUGUCAUUAAUGCAUUAUGCCAUAUAUUUCCAGAGUCUUCUGGAUACAUGACAGGCUUACCCUUUGUGCCCUCCUUAGAAUUAUGUGUGGCCAUUUGGUUUGCUUUGGCUAAUAAAAUGAAAUUGGAAGUGAGCUUUGUCAUGGCUAGCUGGUAAUUUUAAAAGGCACUUCACCCAGAUUUCUGUCUCUGGCACAGUGAUAAGCAAUAUUUGAGAUGGUGACUGCUCUAGCCACCCAGAUUCUAGACAGAUCGUGAUGAGCCCAUAACUCACUGCUAAUCUGCAAAUGAUAUGUAAAUGUAAGGAGAAAAAUUAAAAUCUGCCGUUUUAAGCUUUUGAGAGUUUGGGAGUUGUUCGUUACACAGCAUAAGCUAACACAAACUGACCGAUACACUCACCUUAUGAGUCUUUGGAGGCAGAGUCAACCUUACACUAAGUAAGAUGGAAAUGUCAGAAACUCACUUCCCUGUUCCCCUUCCAGUUAAAAUGCUAUUCUCAGCUACAUUUAUUUGACUCUCACUGAGUUCUGUGUAUGAGAAGCUGCUAGUGAUGUUCAAAAUAAGGAACAUUUUCUCCAGCAGCAGUUGCAGUGCCAGGGACCAAAUUUCUGACUUUCAGGCUAGAGCUAACUAACCAAACCCUGGCAGAACCCAUGCUGACCCCCAAGCCAGGAAGUGAAAAAGAAAUAUCUGUUGCUGACAUCACUGAAAAUUCGAGAUUGUUUGUAAUUUAAAUAAAAUACAUAUAUAAAGGAUAAUAUAGAUUCUAUCCACUCUCCACUGUUUGUUGAGAAUUUGCCAAUCUACCCUGAAAAUAUGAUUAUCCCAUUUUAAUUGAGACUUAUUAAGGGACAGCUCCAAUAACACAACUUGAAAGAAAAAAAAAAUGGAAACAAGGUCUUUGGUAAAUGAUUCCUGGCUUGUGAAUUGUACAGCUGAGUAUUUUCAAUGAACUUAAUAUCAUCCUCUAAAGGACACUUUGAAAAUGGAGAGGGGACUUUAUUUUUAGUUGUCACAUGGUUGGAGUAGGGCACGACUGCAAUUUAAUGGGACAGACAAGGGCUGCCUAGACAUCCUAAGAGGCACAGUACAGUCCCAUACCUGGAAGAAAUGCCCAAGGUCAUGCAUGACUUUGAACCUCCCUCCGACCAUUCAGAAAAAGAGCAUGAGUGGGGGAGGAGCAGCGAGAGAAGGAGACACAGAAUCCGAAGCGGGCUCCGGGCUCCAAGCUGUCAGCACAGAGCCCGACGUGGGGCUCAAACUCACGAACCGUAAGCUCAUGACCUAAGCCAAAGUCGGACGCUUAACUGACUGAGCCACCUAGGCACCCCUUGCAAGGUUUUAAAACACACUCAAUUUCCCCAGAAUGAAGCAACCUUGUAAUAUGAGGGAAGAUUGUUCUUUUCUAUGAAAAUGUCCAAGAAUUUAUCCCAUUUUUAAAAAUCAAGCCACAAAUGCAAAGCUACUCGUGGUAUUUGAGACAGUGAUAGAAUACACACAUAUCACCCUACAUUUUAGUUGUUACAUUCAAGGUAAACAUAAAUUUUGAUGCUAGCCCUUGACUACUUCAUUAUGUUUGCGAAUCAUGGCUCAACAUUUAUGUAUAUUUCCACCAAGUUUCCUCUUUUAUUAUAAGUUAUUUCCACAAAGUUUGUUCUUCUGUCACUGUUAUGUCAUCGUGUUAAGUUUUUUUUUUCAAAGUGUCGAGCUUGAUUAUACCACCUGUGAAUUUAAUUUCAGAAAAGUUCAGAGGGUGUUACAUGAUAUUAACUCACAGAGGUGGCAUUAGGUCUGAUAAAGCUGAAGAAAAUUCAUAUAGGCGAUCAUUGCCUCUUCUGGCCAUGCCUCUUCUGGCCUAGUCAAAGUUCAGGAUCAGCGCAGGGAUCCCAGAUGUAGGAAAGUCUAGAGAUGACUCCCCAGCCAUGCAGCAAAGCUCUGCAUGGCUAUGUCCCCACCCCCCUCUCCCACCCAGCACACCCCUCAUCCAGAUGGUUAAUGUUAGCCAUCAGUCACUUCAUCUCCAAAUAUAGAAAGAAAGAACUUACAGCUGUGUUUGAGUGGAACCAAGCAAGCAGCGAGCAAAUUAUCUUGAAACAACAGUCCUUAGGCAGAAAUCACUGAACUAAAUUCCUCCAACAUGAAAACUAUAAAUAUGAAACCAUUAUAUUUCCUGGAAUAUUUGACAAUUCUAUAUACCUAUUUUAAGGGAGGGAAAAAGUUACUACUGAAUAUCACAUAUUCUUCGAUUACACAUGAAACACAAGAAGGCCAUUUUUUUGUGUGUUUUUCUCUAAAGUUGAUUUUUUUUAAAUAUACUAGUUGAAUAGAUAUCUGAACUGUUAUAAUAGAUAUUCAUUUUUAAGAGGCAGAGCCCGAGUGGGGGAGGGCAGAGAGAGACGGAGACACAGAAUCCAAAGCAGGCUCCAGGCUCUGAACUGUCAGCACAGAGCCUGAUGCGGGGCUCGAACCCAUGAACGGUGAGAUCAUGACCUAAGCUGAAGUCGGACGCUUAACCAACUGAGCCACUCAGGCGCCCCUGAAAAUCGUUGAGAAUGGCACUAACCUCCCUUCCUUCACCUGCCAAUGAACCUAUCUUGCCUGUCACCCUGUCCCUUUAUCAACUGAACAGAAGCGAUCAUUGUUCCAGGCUUAAUCUCUCAAUUAAUGGACCUCUAGGCCACAUGUGAAUGGACUGGAAAGAUACAAUCUCUCCCAUAUGUCCACACAGCACCAUGCUCUCGUUUCUUACAUAAUUCCCAGUGUGAUGUAUGGGUUUACAUGCUGCUUUCUUAGAAUGAGUCCACCCUAAAGAUGAUCGGAAAUGAUAAACAACUUUGUUUUAUUUAUUUACUUUUACUCGAGGUUCAUAUGCUCCUCAAAAGCCCUCUGGCUUUCUGAGAUUUUUAAGAAUUUUUGACUCGGCAGGAAUGAUUUUGAGCUAUCAGCCUCUGCUAGUAAAGGUCAUAAAAUAGAAAAAAAAAUGUUUCACUCAGCAAAAGCUUAGAAAUGCAGCAAAAGAUCUGAAUGAUAAAGAAGUCCUUUCUGUGCAGAUUGUCCUGAAACAAUGGAGUGACCAGAAAUUUGUCAUCCAAGCCUGGACACUUAGAAGAGUAAUUUUAAAAAAAAGGCACACUAUUAUAAUUAUGUCAGAAUAACAAAUGUAUUUCCGGGCAGUCCCAGACCACAUGAGACAGACAAUCAUUCUACCUAAAGCAGGAAGAAUUAUGAUGCUUCGCCUUUCCUCUGAUUUGGGUUGCUGUUUACUGUUACGACUUCCAUUAACUAUAUCAGUGUUUUUGAGCAUUGCCCCACCAAUUAUCUGUAUUAGACUUUCUUGGGCUCUUCGUUAAAAUGCAAGUUUGGGGCCCUAACCUGCAUCAUAGGUUUGGCGAUUAGCAAUCUGCAGUGUCAAAGCCAUCCUAAAUGAUUCUUAGGUACGCGAAGUUUCAGAACUGUGUCAUGCUAGGAUUCAUUUGGUUGCAUGCGACAGAAAGUUUAAUGCAAACAAGUAUGAGCAUAAAGGAAGUUUGUAUUUGUGGAAUCAAGAAGGGAUCAGUAGGCCUUCUGGGGCAGUUUAACUCAGGGAUCGAAUUACAACAUCUUUUUAUUCUGCUUCCUAGGGGUUAGCUUGACUCCCAGGAUCCACUUCCAGGCCCCCAGCAGCUUCAGCCUUGUCAUUACAACAUCCUGAUACAAAAAGGAGUUCUGGCGGUCACUCUGUCGUUGGCCUAAAUUAAGUCAGGUGCCCACCUGUGAGCCAAGCGUGAUGGCCAUGGGAGUCAUUUGGAUUGCCAUCAGGUGGAUCCCAUCCCCAACCAGGCAAGUGGGAGUAGAGACUGGCCCAAACCUCAUAGACUGAGAGAUGGGGGUGAGUAGGUCCUUUAAAGAAAGUUGGAGCACCACUACUUGAAAGAAAGAGAAUAGAAGUUGGACAGCAAAGCAACGAAUACUCCUCUCAACUGGCUUAUACUGACCGGAACUCCAGAUUACAACCCACAGCCAUGCAACAGAACUGACAAUGCUUGUCCUGGUUUGCAAAACCAGGAAAGCAAAUCUAGUAAGGGAUUGACUCAACAUUCACGUUCCCGAUUCCUUACGUGUUUGCUUUUAGAGGCAGUCUCUACACUGUAGAAACACAUUGCUGGGGAUUGUUGUGGGGUUUUUUUCUUUCUAAGUUUACUUUUUUUUUUUUUUUUUUUUGAGGAGUUAGAGGAGCAGAGAGAGAGGGAGAAACAGAAUCCCAGGCAGGCUCUGCACUGUCAGUACAGAGCCUGACAUGGGGCUCAGUCCCAGGAACCAUGAGAUCAUGACUUGAGCCAAGAUCAAGAGUCAGCUGCUUAGCCAACUGAGCCGCCCAGACACCCCACUGCCGGGGAGGGUUAAAACUGGGAACGGAGAGGGUGGGCAACAGAAAAUAGCAAGCACACAGGUAAAUAGUAAUCAAACAGCAAACACUUUUAACCCCUUGCUGAUCGUCAUUUUCCUUGAGAACGGAGCUAGCUACAAUUCGGUGGCAUCCUCAGAUAAGGCAGACGGCAUGCUUUCAUUCUUCCCUUAUUCAUUUAUUUGUGUAAUCACCCAACAAUCUUUUACUGAAAUUCUACCAAGUGCUAGGAACUGGGCAAUACACAGUGAGAGAACAGGAAGAAAAAUAAAACCAGGUAUCCAGUUCUAAGGUAACUUGCCAUGAUGGGGCGAUGGGUAUAGAAACAACCAAGCCCGGUAUCAAUAUUCACAUUCAAUUAAAUAUUCAUUGGUUUGAAAUAGACAUAUCUUGGUGUGCUUCUGCUGACUCCGCAAAUCAAGGAAGACUGCAGAGAGGAAGCGGCAUUUGGAAAACACUUUGCGGAGGAGUAAGCUUCAAACAAGAGGCCCAUGCAGAUUCUAAAAUUAUUAUUGCCUUCUAGUUCUUUAUAGCUUCGAUUCAGGCUCCGGCAAGUAAAAAUAUCAUUCUGCUUCCAUUUCCUUGCCACAGGCAUUUAUGGAAUAUGGGCCAAGUCAGUGCUAGGCCCCAGGAGCUGAUGAUAAAUAGGCUUAAUUCCCCAUCCUGAGGCACUGAACUGGGCAGUGAAACAGACAAACAGGUGGGUUGGCUACAACGUUGACUGUCAGCAUGCAAGAACGUGCAGGGUCAGAGUAUGUGCUCUAGCUGGUCCCUUGGCCAUUGGUCUAAGCGUCUGCUCUCUUGGUUGGGACCCGAACACAAUGCCACCGUCUCCAAAGUAAACGCCUGACGCGCAGAUGAAAAGGUUCCCCUCUGGGGGAGGGGCAGAGAACUUGCCUGUACAAGCAUGGCCACAGUUGACUGGCUUGCCUCGCUAAAAAAAUAUUGCAGCCACACCGCGUUGUGGUCAGGUAUUGGAUUACUUCCUCUUUUGUAUUUUUGCAAAACAUUCAACAGAGUUCGUUUCCUCAGGAUCAGAGUAAACACCCUUCGGUCUUCUUUCUUUUCUUUUUUUAGAACUACGGGUAUCAGGAAGAUCAUAGGAGACCAUAUACGUUUAAAGGAAAUCCAUGCGUUAACUCAUUUCUUGCCAUUAUAUUUUUUUUAUAGCAAUUUAAGAUGAUGAAGCAUUCUAGAGCCAAGGGGUUUGGAAUAAAACCAGGAGUUGUUAAGUUAAACCCGACACUUUUACCAGAGUGUUUGGGAACCAGACCCUUCUCUGGUGCUCCUUUCCUCACAUAGAAAUGGGAGUUGGAAAUCUACUUCACAGGGUUGUGAUGAACAUCGAAUUCGAUAGAACAAAUCUUACACGUUUUGCAAAUUAUAAUCGAUAUACCAAUGCCAGGUAUUUCUUGAUGUUUCUUUGUCACCAGUCACAGGGACACGUAUUUCCAGUCACUGGCAUCUCUGAGGGUAGUCGUUUCAUGCUCUGUGACUCCAUGAACACACGCAUCUUCUGAGGACUUGCUUUGCAUCCGCCUUGUGUUUGCCGCUGGGGAUGACAGAGACGAAGAGAACCCUGUUCUUGCACCAAGAACGCAAGCUCUUAUUUAGGGUUUUUGUGAGCUGAUCAGUCUGUCUCCAUCCUCCUCCUUUGCCCGACCCCCCCAUUUCUCAGCCUCUCUCUCUCUCGUCCUCUCUUAAAAAAAAUAAUAAAUUUCCACCGUAAUGCAAAUAUGAACGCUGAGCAAACAGUAAGGACGUAUCUAGAGCAUUUUUGAGACAGGAAUUCUAGCUGCAAGAAAUCUUGUAUAAAUGCUAAAAAAAAAAAAAAAAAAAAGAAAGAAAAAAACCACAUUACUGAAUUCAUUUAUGAGUUCUAACAGUUUCUUUUUAAGUCUUUAGGGUUUUCUAUAUAUAAGAUCACGUCAUCUGCAAAUGGAUAAUUUUACUUCUUCCUUUCUGAUUUGAAUACCUUUUAUUCAUUUUUCUUGCCUCGUUGCUCUGGGUAGGACUUCUAGUGGUGAGAGCAGGCUUAUAUUUACUGCUUACACUUUUCCCCUUCCACACACAUACCCUCCACUGAUAAUGGAGGAUUGAGCAUUCUGGGGAACAUACUUUAUUUUUUUUUACAUUUAUUUUAUUUUGAGAGAGGGAGAGUGAGGGAGUAGCAGAAAGAGAGGGGAGAGAGAAUCCCAAGUAGGCUCUGCACCUGUCGGGAUGGAGAGGUGAGAUCCUGAGAUCCUGACCUGAACAGAAAUCAGGAGUCAGACGCUUAACCGACAGAGACACCCAGGUGCCCCAUAACAUACUUUUGAAAACACCGGGGUGGCUCCACUGGUUAAGCGUCUGACUCUUGACAUCGGCUCAGGCCAGAAUCUCGUGGUUCAUGGGUUCGAUCCCCGCAUCCAGCUCCACACUAACAGUGCAGAGCCUGCUUGGGAUUCUCGGUCUCCUCUCUCUGCCUCUCUCUCUCCCUCUCAAAAUAAACAAAAAACUAAAAAUAGAUUAAAAAAAUAAUAAAAGUGCUGCUUUCUAGCAUGCAGGAUAGAGGGCUCAAUUCAGUGCUACCUAGCUUUUACUUCAGUUAUUUAUUGAUUCCCCAAAUGUUUCUGGAUAACCUGUUUCUUGGCAGGCAGGAUCCUUGAUGUUGGGUCUCCAGGAAUGAAGAAAAGUGACAAAACUCUCUGCCUUCAUAAAGCUUACAGUCUGGCUGAGGAAUGAAUUUAUCACUGCAAAAAAUAAAAGUUGUGAAAAUCUGUGAAGUUUGAACAAGCAGCCUUCCCAAGAUGUACCGACUAUCUCAACUGAUGUCAACACCAGUGGCAAGUAAAUGUUCUUCAGGCUCUGAGAGAAGAUAUACCGGAGAGCCGUCUCCCAGAUGCCUUUUCCCAAGUUUUGCCUGGGAUUUCCCGGAUGGUGACAGUUCCUUUGAAGGCUGCUCUGCAGCUCUCUUGACAGGCUCCCAUGUGACCUGUCGCCGAAGUCCCAGACUCCUCUCCAAUGGCUACUAUGUUUGGACAGAGGACCCUUUCCUCUGUGACAAAGAUGGCAACAUAACUCUGAGCCCACCCCAGGCCAGUGUUCUUUACAAGGAGAAUUUAGUUAGGAUGUUUAGAAAGAAGAAGAGAAUCCGCCCUUCCUUUUCUAAUCUCUUCAGCCUUGGUGCCUCUAAAUCCUGGCAGCAUGGAAAUAUCUUUGGUGAUGUUGACUCUUCCCAAAGUGAGGACACCUGGUCGGAGGGGGUCGGGAGGCUGGACACGCACCAUUGCAACGAUAUCGGCGACGAUCGCGAUGGUUCUGCGACUGAUGCACGCGAGGCAGAGCAGCGGAAGGCAGCCUCCUCCUCUAGCCACGCUGCGUCUCGGACUCCGCCAGAGAACUCCCACGACCUGGCCCUUCAGUCUCAAGGGACAACUUCUGAACAUUUCCCGGGGAACCUUCUGGGUCACGCAAAAACCAGUUUGUGGAGAGACAUCUUCUUUCAAGCAUUUCUACUGGCCGCGUGCUUAAUCAUUUGUGCAUGUGCAAGGUGCUUUCUGGGAGGGAUAUUUGCCAGUGUCCUCACGUGCCCAUUGGUGAUAACUACUGCCUAUACUGUCACGUCGUUGUUUCUUAGCCUUGCCGACUAUUUCGAAGCCACCGCCUGUGCUCAGUAAGUGUUGACUGUGUUACCAUCAUCCUGACGAAGCUGACUGUAGCCGGCUACCUGAGACUGCUUUUGGCUGCCUAAUGGAUGGCAAUGACCACGCACAGGAAGCGUCCCCGUCAUCUGUCUCGAAGAAUACUUUCUGUUAAUGCUAAAAUCUCAUAGCGUUCUCAUCCAGUCUCUUACAUUUUUACCAUUUCUUCAAAAUUGAGAAAAUUAAGCUUCGAGGCAGUAGGACUUAAUAAAUAACGUGAACCUAAAA